AUGCCUCUUGCGGUUUGAAACACAAACCAUCCUCUCUUCCUUCUUAUUUUCGAUUCCCCUUCCCUCCCUCUCCAGAAUUUUCUCUUCGGAAUAUUCUCCAAUCGAACCCCAACCUUCCCUUCCCUUGGCAAUUGUACACUCCGAAGAGAAAUUAUGGUGAGCGAUAGUGAUUCACAGAUAAGCGUAGAUACUAUAAAGUUUCUUUGUAGCUACGGUGGUCAGAUUCUUCCACGACCCGUUGAUGGAAAGCUUCGUUACGUUGGUGGUCUCUCUAGAAUUCUAGCUGCCGAUCGUUCCAUAUCCUUUGCAGAACUGAUGGUUAAGCUUGGGGAAUUUUGUGGAUAUUCCGUGGAAUUGAAGUGUCAGUUGCCGAAAGGAAAUUUUGAAAUGCUAAUUUCUAUAAAAUCUGAUGGGGAAUUGGCGCUUCUUCUUGAAGAAUAUGAUCGGUGUUGUCCUGGUUCUAAGAUUAGAGCCGUUCUCUCCCCUCCACAGUCGCUCAAAACCGUCUCUCCUCCUCCAUCAGCACCUGCAAGCGUCGAUUUCUAUCCAGUCAAAUUGCCUUCUAAUGCCUUCGAUUAUCGACAAUCUGGAAGUUAUUCACCGCCGAUCGGAUAUCCCAUCGGCUUUUGCAAGGACUAUUGCGGACUCCUUUAUAAUCCAUGUAAGGACAAGGAAAACCCUGGAUUAUGCUGUGGAGACCCUCGGUUUAAAGGACAAGGAAACCCUAGAUUUCGGCGUUGUGACCCGUACUGGUCAAUAAUUGGCAUUAACGCUCAGAAAAUUAGCUAAUUAGCUUAUACGAAUUUUUUUUUUGAAAUGAAUUAGCUUUAAAAAAAUUAAGGACAAAGAUUAUGAUGGGGAAAAGAAAAUUACAGUGGGAAGAGGAUGAAGUUUUGAUAUGUAAUUGGAUUGUAAAUUUUAGAACUUAUUUUUUAUUUUGUUGCCCUUGCCGAGUUCUGUGAGUUGUUUCUUGUUCCGGCCAGUACUUUUGCCGUUGGAACUCCGAUCACGGCUGUUAAUACAAGCACGUCUACAUCGCUAUGUAUAUAUGUUACGCGGGCAACAUUCAAUACAUUCAAUUGUGAAUUGCGACACAGAUUUUAAUUUUAAUGAUAAUGUUUCAGUUAGACAGUAACACACAGGUUCUC